GGUCAGUCCUCAACCCAGAAGAACAAGUGCCACUCGCCCUGAAGCUGUCUUUGCUUUGAGAUCCGAAAAAAAGGAAAUAUGAACUCAAGAACGAGAAUGACAGAGAAACUCAUCAUGUUAUUGAUGGUCGUCGGUGGAACUUGGGCCCACGGGCGCCUGAUGGAACCUCCCUCCAGGGCUUCGGCGUGGCGGCUUGGCUUUGAAACCCCGAUCGACUACAACGACAACGAAGGUUUCUGCGGCGGGUUCAGCCACCAGUAUUACGUAAACGACGGGAAGUGCGGCAUCUGCGGCGACGCCUGGGAGCUCUCGCCCCGCCCGCACGAGGCAGGAGGCCCUUACGCCACCGGGACCAUCGUCAGGCACUACCAGGAGAGUGACGUCAUCGAGGUCACGGCUGACAUCACCAGCAACCACCGCGGGCACUUCGAGGUCAGGAUUUGCCCCGCCGCUGACCCGGAGGCCACGCAGGACUGCCUUGACCUUCACCAGCUGGAACUCGCCGACGGCUCAGGCCUCAAGUACAACAUCUCCACCGCCGUCGGCUUGCACACCAUGUUCGUCAGGCUACCGAGCGGCCUCACCUGUGCGCACUGUGUCCUGCAGUGGCGUUACGUGACGGGCAACAACUGGGGCAUUUGCGAGGACGGGACGGGCAUGCUGGGGUGCGGACCGCAGGAGGAAUUCCGCGCCUGCGCUGACGUCACUGUUUCUCCGGCAGGCACGAGGACGCGCUGGUCAUCCUUCAGCGGGUAUCGUCCCAUGCCCUCCGAGGACCUGGCACUCGAGCGAAGGAUCCACCCCAAGUUCCAGCUUCCGGAAGGACCGAGUGCCAGCAGGAUCGAGUGCCACGGCGUCGGGGAGUGGGAGGGCGUGCCCGGGGUGGCGGUGUGGUGUACCAAGAACUGCCUUGGCACGAAUUACUGCCCCCCUGCCCAGUGCCGGUGUCAGUGACGUCACGGAAUUAAGAGACUGGAUAAUUCGUAUUCACACACACACACACACACACACACACACACACACACACACACACACACACACACACACACACACACACACACACACACACACACAUUCCCUCCAUGAACACCUUUCAACAACAGUAUAAAUCAGCUUUUAAUACUUCGAUCUCAUUUCUCUUCGAUUUAGGGAUUUUGCAAAACAUUUAUGUAAUUUUUAUUCUUAUUUAAGUAAUAUAUUUUUUUUAGACGAAGCAUAAUUUGAUACAUUUAUCUCUACCAUUUUGACUGAUUUUAUGGUUAUGUUUAUCUACCUCUUUUUUAAGAUUAAACGCAAUCUUAAGGUUAUUUAUAUAAGUAUCUAUUUAAGUAUUUAUGAUCAGGUUUUUGAAAGAAAAAUAAAUGCCUUAAUAUUAAAUAAAUGUAUGUAUGUAUAAUAAAUAAAUCAAUAAAUAAUUAAUGAAUUUAUGUAUGAUGAA